GAAGAAAAUUUGCAAAUAAUUACAUACUUAAAAUUAAUUUAAAUAUUAAUGGGAGAUUUAAAUUUAAAUUAUAUCGCUAGUAUAUUAUGGGAAAUGACGAUAAUAUUUGAGUGUAGCUACUGAGCGUCUUUAUGUAUGCCUUAUUGCGCGAGUAUUUUUGCUGGUGGUGUUGUUUGAGUGAAAAUAGCGAAAAACUUUUAAAAAUACAAAGAAAAUAAGACAUGUUGGAUUUUAGGAAAUAAUCGAACAUCGACUGAAGAAACACUAACCUGAGAAAUAUAUUCAAAACGAAAGUAGUGUUAAAUUCGCAACACUUUAAUAAAAAUUAUAAAAUAAAUUAUGGCUGAUACAUCAUUGCCUUCGAGUGCAGUGCCUGACUUGUUAGUUGGGGUAAACGCCGUUCUGCGGGAGAAUUCAACUGAAGCUCACACCUCAGCGCACAAUAAUGAGUCCGGAAAUUAUCUCAAUCAGCUUAAUAUUACAUCCGGCUCCCAGGAUUUAAAUGUUGCUAGUACUGAAUCGCAAUAUCCAACAUUAAUGCCGCGAUUGCAAUUGAAACUGCCGGCACUGUCUUCCAGCAGCAGUGAUAGCGAAGCGGAUAUGCUCAAUGGAAACGCCGGUAGCACGACCGACGGAAACGGCGAUCGGCCUUCAUCCCCGCCGCCCAAUUGCGCAAUUUGUUUGAGCCGUUGUAAAAACAAAUGCCUUACCGAUUCGUGUAUGCAUCAGUUUUGCUUCAAGUGUUUGUGCGAAUGGAGUAAAGUCAAACCAGAAUGUCCAUUGUGUAAGCAAACCUUCAAAUCCAUUAUACAUAACGUGAAAUCGAUUGACCAAUUCGAAGAAUAUCAUGUGCAGAGUCGUACAGUUGACAUACCGACUCCACAAUUUGAAUUAGAAUCAUUUGGGCUUGUGAGUUACGUCGAUCGGUACGUUAUAGUCCCUCCACCUCGUUUCCCCCGCGGACGUAGCACAGUCACCGUUACAUCUGGGGCAAGUGGCAGUAGGGGCUCAGGAAGCUCGUUCGGUGCCGCAAGAACAACUAGACCUUAUCCUGGUGACUUCUUAGAUGAAUAUUAUCGGCGUAAUCCGGAUGAAAUAGGUGAUGCGGCACUUAGCCACAUGUGGCGAAUAUAUAUUUAUGAUCGAAAAUUGUUCGCAUUACCAGUCUGUGACAUAACCGGUCGUUUUCGCGAAAGCAGCGCCAGAUUCUAUAGAGAGAAUCCUGCUCAAAUGCACCGUUUAAUGCCGUUUAUUCGACGUGAUAUUCAUUGUCUAUUGGAUGUUACAGCUUCUAAUGCAUUUGACAGCAUUGCAGAAGCGCUAACUGUUAUGAAUAUAUUAUCGCCGGCUUUCAGGCGCAGAGUCCAGCCCUUUUUGGGGGCAAAAACUGCCCAUUUUAUUCAUGAAUUAAAUAACUUUGCUCGUUCCCCCUACGAUAUGAUUGGCUAUGAUAGAGCAGUACGUUAUUCGAUACAAAUUCAAGAGGAAAUAAUUGAAUACUCAGUAUCGGAAAGUUCGGACGGAGAUGAUAAUCUUUUAAUUGAUGCGACGACGAGAAAUAGAUCUGCUGGAAAUGCCAUAAAUUUGUCGAUGCAUGAUCGGGCCAGUUCCAGCAAUGGUGUCAGGAAUGAAUCAAUUAUCGAAUUGGUAGAUGAAAGUGACAACAAUGAUCCUUCAACUUCAACAUCAAGCCGCGAACAACCUCAACACCAGCUUCAAUCCAACCAAUGCGCUAAUGUAAAUACUCCCUCAAUUGCUGCAGAAAACAUAGAACUGUCUUCGACAAGCAGUGAUGAAUGCGAAUUUGUAUUGGAACGAAAACCCCCACAUCUACGCACUCCCGAAAUGGUAAGCCUCCAUUCGGCCUCUGAUUCUGACGUAGUUUUUGUUGAUGAAACGAAGCCAUUAAAUAAGACCAGCUUCAACACGAGUGAUGAAGACACAAAUUUAGCUAACAAGAACUCAUCUGGCCACAACAAGCAAAGCAACACGUCUGAAGCAAGCAAACGCCAAAGCCCAAAUAGUGAGAAUACAGAAAUGUUCAAUGUAGGGGCGAGCACAUCAGCGGGAUUGCGCUUUAGUGGGCAGGAUUUAGGUCAGGUCGCAAGUAAUCGCAUGUCAAAAAGAAAUUUACGUAAAACAGCACAACGCAAAAAAUAUAUGAGCUACAGUCAAAGUUGUGAUAAGAGAUUAGAUAGCGAUUCGUAUUCACCUACUAGUAGCACGUCCACAAGUUCUACAUCAUCAACAUCGACUGAAACUUCCACAGAGGGGUUAUCAAUUUCUUCUACUGAUGCAGAAUUUCAUCCAACUGAGUUGCGAAGAAGCCAGAGAAAUCGUAAAUAUUGCAGAGGAAACGCCCAAAAACGUGCUAUAGUUACACGAAAAGCAAAACGUGGCUCACGUAAGCGCCGUAGAUCCUAUGACACUUCUUCGGAUGAUGACGAAACAUACCCACGUCGGGGGAAAAAUUUUGCUCUUGUUAUGGCUUUAGGGCAAAAAUAUAACAAAAAACGUCGGCAGCAUCUCCGGAGCGAAAAUAGCGAAGAAAAUGAUGCGGAAAAUUCAUGGCGAUUAAAAGCUGUAAACGAACCGCUUAGAAAGAAGCAGCAACAACAAGUAAGAAAUUCACUCAAAAGAGCGGCUGAACGUAGUAGUAGUAGACAUUCACACACAUCAAAAUCUGAUGCGAAUCAAGAAAAAAAUCAUAAAAAAAUGAGAUUGGUAAAAGAUGAAUCAAAGGACGUUAAAAACGAAAUUGCUAGUGAUAAUGAUGAUGAUGGCGACGACGAUGACGACGACAUAGAUAAUUUGAAUCUAAGUACAUUAAAAUCUAUCUUAAAAGGCGAAAAGGCUAACAAUACGAAUCAGGAAAAUGAUACUGCAUCACAAUUAAAUACACUUCAAGCGACCGAAAGAGAUGUAUCCGCAAAUAGUAUAUCGAGAGAGAUCUAUGGGGUAGAAACAACGAUAUUGGAAGAUAACGUUGACAUCGCUUUGGAAAGUGUGCACAGGGAAGCAUGCGUGGUAACUUCUACGAUAACUUCUGUGACCGUUGAUGUUGUACCAGAAACGGCUGUCACAACCGUUAUGAGAACUGCAAGCGGCAGUGACCAUAGUUCCUCGGAUGAGGAUGGUGACGAAGAGGAAUAUACUAGCAACUCUGUACCACCAGCUACUGUUAACAUACUAUCGACAACAGCUGAAAGUCAACAAUUUAAUAUUACUGCUGAUUUUCCGGAUAAUAGUUCAGACAGUAGCACUUUCCUCACAGAUUCCAGUGAUAGCAGCACAACAGCGACUGAAUCAAAUGACGGACGGGAUUACGAUUCAGCUUAAAUGAAAUUAUUCAUCCUACAUAUGCAAAUAGCCAUUGCUUUUAAAUUGAAAACAGUUGCAUAAAUGCACGACAGAGCGGAAGAAAUUGAAUGUAUUUUUUUUCCAGCUGGACAUCUCGCGUCCGCAGUGACACUCAAAAAAUCCAUAGCAGUAAAUCGUUUAAGAGUUAAGUAGUAACUCUUGGCUAAAUUUAACGCAAAAUCCAAGCACGUUGAACGUUAAUUAAUAAACUUAAGUUUAUUCGUAACUUUAGGCUAUAUUCAUUUUUUUAAGCAAAAUUUUUGUUUAUUUU